CACUGCUUCCGUAAAGCUGUGUUGUUGUUUUUUUUUUCCCCUGGCUGGCGUUGAAUGACAGCGUGCUUCAGCUAUGGAGGGUAAAGCUGUGAAAGCGAUCCUGUUUGAUUUGGAUAACACGCUCAUAGAAACGAGUCGAGCUGGAGAAGUUGCUCUACAGAAGACUGGGGAGCUCCUGAAGUCCAAACUGAGCCUAGACGACAACACAAUCCGGCGCAUUUGUGAAAAAUUCAAGCUGAAGCUGCUGCAUGAAAGUUCUGACCAGCUUCCUGGCACAUCCAAAGAUGACCUCCGCGUGUGCCACUGGGAGGAAAGCAUUGCAGAGACUAUAGGAAGUUGCUCCAUAUCCGAUCUGGCUUCUCAGUGCUACUAUUUGUGGAAGAACAGUCGCCUGGAGAAUCUGUGCCUGACUCCUGAAGUGUGCAACCUCCUGAUGCAACUCCGCAGCAGAUACAAGCUGCUGCUGCUCACCAACGGGGAAGCCCAGACUCAGAGGGAGAAGGUGGAGGCAGUCAAUUGUGAGGAGUUCUUCGAUGCUGUAGUGAUCGCUGGAGAUCACGCCGAGCAGAAACCCUUCCCGUCCAUCUUCCAGUUGUGUUUCAACAAGCUGGAGGUGGAGGCAUGGGACUGCGUUAUGGUGGGGGACUCUCUGGACACCGAUGUUCAGGGGGGCUUCAAUGCUGGAGUUCGGGCCACAGUGUGGAUUCACAGAGCUGAGGGGUCUGUGUUAGAUGGUCCAGUGAAACCAGACUACACCAUCCCCACUGUGCUCGACCUGCCCCGUAUCCUGGCACAGCUGCAGAACUGUACAUGUGAAUGAUGGUGUUGGUUUUAUGGGAUUCCUCUUUAUUCUCUAUGUUUACAAAUGUUUUUAUUUUUUCUUACCAACUUUUUAGCAUUUUAUUGUAAUUUUAAGAGACAACACUACAUUGAAGUAUAAAUUAUCAUUGUACAACCUCAAUUAUUAAAUAAAGAAUAACUGGGUGCACAGGUUA